GCCGCCGCCGGAGCCCGGAGCCUCCCGCCGCCGCUCUCGGCCGGGGCGGGGCGGGGCGGGGCGGGCAGCGCCGGUGCCGGUGGCCGUGACCGUGACCGUGGCCGUGGCCGUGGCCCCGCCAUGGCCAAGCUGCUGCCGGCGCAGGAGGCGGCCCGGAUUUACCACACCAACUACGUGCGGAACGCCCGGGCCAUGGGGGUGCUCUGGGCCCUCUUCACCCUCUGCUUCUCCAUCCUGAUGGUGGUGACCUUCGUCCAGCCGUACUGGAUCGGCGACAGCAUCGACACGCCGCAGGCCGGUUACUUCGGCCUCUUCUCCUACUGCGUCGGCAACGCGCUCACCGGCGAGCUCAUCUGCAAGGGCAGCCCCCUCGACUUCGGCACCAUCCCCUCCAGCGCCUUCAAAACCGCCAUGUUCUUCGUAGGCGUCGCCACCUUCCUCAUCAUCGGCUCCAUCCUCUGCUUCAGCCUCUUCUUCUUCUGCAACGCAGCCACGGUCUAUAAAGUCUGUGCCUGGAUGCAGCUGGCGGCGGCUACCGGGCUGAUGAUCGGGUGCCUGAUCUACCCCGACGGCUGGGACUCGAGCGAGGUGAAGCGCAUGUGCGGGGACAAGACCGAUAAAUACACCCUGGGCGCCUGCACCGUGCGCUGGGCCUACAUCCUCUGCAUCAUCGGCAUCCUCGACGCGCUCAUCCUCUCCUUCCUGGCCUUCGUGCUGGGGAAUCGGCAGGACCACCUCCUCCCGUCUGAUUUUAAAGUGGAAGAAGAGGAAAAUGAGUGACAGAGCUGAUCACCACGGACACCUCGAGCUCUUCUUCCAUCAGACCUUUUCUUUAAAAAGACUUUUCCAGGAGUUUUAAACUUACUAACUUCUGUGGAUUUUCUAGUUGUUCUUUUCACCUACGGGGCCACUAUCAGCUCAGCUCUCGUGGAGUUUAUUUGGUAGGAAGAGCCCAAAUUGGACACAGGUGGUUUGGUUUUUUUUUUGUGGGUUUUUUUUUUUUUUUUUUUUUUUUUUUUGAGUCCAUCAGCAAACCUGGGGAAAAGGGAACAGAUGGCAAUUUGCUGCUUCUGGGGGUUUGUAUUCCUUCUUUCAAGGAAAUUACUUCUUAAUAAUAAUAAUAAAAAAAAACUGUUUUA